CCCCUGUAAGUAGUCUUGUGACGGAGCUCGACGCCGGCCACCUCACGCUGCUGACACAUCUCUGCUCGCUACUCAAUUCUUGACACCGCACUGACCAUGACGUUCGAGAAGGACAUCCACACGUUCUACGACGGCAAGCCGCAGCCCGCCUGGGGCGCCCAGAGCUGGGCGACGUUCGACAGCGUGGAUCCGGCGACGGGCACGCCACUCGCCAAGAUCUACACGACCUCCGAGAGCCAGCUGGAUGAGGCGGUGGAGAGCGCGGCGAAGGCUUUCCCCGCUUGGUCCGCGACGGCGCCGGUGGAGCGCGCGCGCAUCCUGCUGCGCGCAGCCGCGCUUUUGCGCGAGCGUAACGAUGCGAUUGCGAAGACUGAGACGCUCGACACAGGCAAGGCAUGGUCCGAGACGUCGACGGUCGACGUUGUGACGGGCGCCGAUGUGCUCGAGUACUACGCGCACUUUGUCGCCUCUGGCGGGUUGGACGGGAAGACGACAAUCUUGCGGCCAGGCCCAUCCGGGGCAUCGAUCCACACGAGUUACGACGCGGUCGGCGUGUGCGCCGGCAUCGGUGCGUGGAACUACCCCAUCCAGAUCGCGCUCUGGAAGAGCGCGGCGUGCCUCGCAGCGGGUAACUGCAUGGUGUACAAGCCGUCCGAGGUCACGCCGCUGCACGGGAACACGCUCGCGGCGAUCUACGUCGAGGCCGGGCUGCCGAAGGGCGUGUUCAAUGUCGUGUACGGCGCGGGGGACGUUGGCGCUGCGCUCGUCGCGCACCCCAAGAUCGCAAAGGUGUCGUUCACUGGCCAGGUCGCGACAGGAGCAAAGGUCGCCUCGGCCGCCGUCAAGGACAUGAAGAGUGUGACGAUGGAGCUGGGCGGCAAGUCGCCGCUUGUCAUCCUGCCGGACGCGGACGUCGAUGAGGCCGCCGAUAUCGCCAUGAUGGCCAACUUUUACAGCUCAGGGCAGGUGUGCACGAACGGCACGCGCGUUUUCGUUCCCGAUACGCUGCUGGACAAGGUCGAAGCUGCGAUCGUGCAGCGGUGCCGCGACGGCAUCCGCAUGGGGAUGCCAAUGGACGAGAAGACCAACUUCGGGCCGCUGGUCAGCAAGGCGCAGCAGGACAAGGUGAACGGCUACAUUGCGACGGGGCGAAAGGAGGCGCGCGUGCUGUACGACGGCGCGCGUGAGGCGCAGGCGACGCCGCCGAACCCCGGCGGGUUUUGGGUGCCCCCAGUCGUCUUCAGCGACUGUACCGACGACAUGACGAUUGUGCGCGACGAGAUCUUCGGGCCUGUGAUGGCCAUUCUGCCCUACUCAACAGCGGGGUCGCGCGACGAGUGGCUGGAAAAGCUGAUCGCGCGCGCGAACGACACCGCUAUGGGCCUCGCGGCGGGCGUGUGCGCCCGCGACAUCGGGCUCGCGCAGUACGUCAUCCGGCGCCUCGAAGCCGGCAUCACGUGGAUCAACACGUGGGGCGAGAGCCCCGCCGAGAUGCCCGUCGGCGGGUGGAAGAUGAGCGGCCUCGGCGUCGAGAACGGGCACGAGGGAAUCAUGGCGUAUACGCGAACGAAGAGCACGCUCGUGCAGCUCGGCACGGGCGCGUGUGCGAGCGUCUUUUCCAAGUUGUAGCUUUAGACGGGCGGGAUGAACAGCUAGACCUAG